AGGUCAAAACAACUUUGCAGGGAAGUUGUCGAACUCAGCUGGGCAGUAGAAAGGGUACUGCUCAGAAUUUAAGAGCUGCCAAGCGUUCACAAUGGCUGCACCAACAAGUGACUACGAUAGGCGCAAACAGAUUAGUGUUAGGGGGAUUGCACAAGUGGAAAAUGUAGCAGGAAUGAAGAAAGCCUUUAACCGGCAUCUCCACUACACGAUCGUGAAGGACAGAAAUGUUGCAACACCGAGAGAUUACUUCUUUGCUCUUGCACAUACCGUCAGAGAUCAUCUAGUUGGAAGAUGGAUCAGAACUCAGCAGUAUUACUACGAAAAGGAUCCAAAGCGUGUGUACUAUCUCUCCUUGGAGUUUUACAUGGGACGCAGUCUGUCCAAUACUAUGGUGAACCUAGGAAUACAGAGUGCAUGUGAUGAGGCCAUGUACCAGCUUGGACUUGAUAUUGAAGAAUUGGAAGAGAUAGAAGAGGAUGCUGGUCUGGGGAAUGGUGGUCUGGGAAGACUAGCUGCCUGCUUCCUGGACUCCAUGGCAACCCUAGGACUGGCAGCCUAUGGAUAUGGUAUCAGAUAUGACUAUGGUAUCUUCACACAGAAACUAAAAGAUGGCUAUCAGCAUGAGGAGCCAGAUGAUUGGCUGCGCUAUGGUAAUCCUUGGGAGAAGGCACGUCCUGAGUACAUGUUGCCUGUCAACUUCUAUGGCCGUGUUGAGUGUGAUGCAGAUGGCAAGCACAAGUGGGUCAACACCAGUAUUGUAUUCGCUAUGCCUUAUGACAAUCCUAUCCCAGGUUACGCCAACAAUACAGUGAACACACUAAGACUGUGGUCUGCAAAGGCUCCAAACAGUUUUGACCUUAAUUUCUUUAACAAUGGAGAAUACAUCCAGGCUGUAUGUGACAGAAACUUGGCUGAGAACAUCUCCAGAGUGCUUUAUCCCAAUGACAAUGUAUUUGAGGGCAAGGAACUGCGACUAAAACAGGAAUACUUUUUGGUGGCAGCCACACUGCAGGAUAUCAUACGCAGAUUCAAGUCAUCCAAAUUUGGAUGUCGCGACCCUAUCCGAACUUCCUUUGACAGCUUCCAUGAAAAGGUAGCCAUACAGCUGAAUGACACCCAUCCAUCUCUGGCAGUCCCAGAACUCAUGAGGAUCCUGGUUGACUUGGAGGGGCUGCCUUGGGAGAAGGCUUGGGAAAUCACACAGAAGACCUGUGCCUAUACCAACCAUACUGUAUUACCAGAGGCUCUAGAGCGCUGGCCUGUUGACAUGCUGAAGAAUGUGCUACCCAGACAUUUGCAGAUUAUGUAUGACAUCAAUGCAAACUUUAUGAAGGAAGUACAGAAGCGGUACCCAGGAGACAUGCACCGCUUGGGCAGGAUGUCCAUUGUGGAAGAGUUUCCUAUAAAGUGUAUCAACAUGGCCUACCUCUGCCUGGUGGCCUGCCAUGCUGUCAAUGGGGUGGCACAGAUCCACUCUGACAUUAUUAAGAGAGAGACCUUCAAAGAUUUUGCUGAAAUGUAUCCUCACAAGUUUCAGAACAAAACUAAUGGCAUCACCCCAAGGCGCUGGCUUUUACUGUGCAACCCUAACCUGGCAGAUGUGAUUGCUGAUAAAAUUGGUGAUGGUUUUAUGAAGGAUUUGAGUCAGCUGCGCAAACUGGAACAAUUCACAAAGGAUGAGGCAUUUGUUAUGUCCAUUCACAAAGUGAAACAGGAAAACAAGCUGAAGUUGGCUGCAUACAUUGAGAAGACCUACCAUGUGAAGAUCAACCCAGCCUCCAUGUAUGACAUGCAAGUGAAGAGAAUCCAUGAGUAUAAGAGACAGCUGCUAAACUGCCUGCAUAUGAUUACCCUCUACAACAGGCUGAAGAAGAACCCCAACAUGGAGUUUGUGCCCAGAACCAUCAUGAUCGGUGGAAAGGCUGCCCCAGGAUACCACAUGGCCAAGUUGAUCAUCAAGCUUAUAAACAAUGUAGCAAGAGUGGUCAACAAUGACCCCAUCAUUGGAGAUAGGUUGAAGAUUAUCUACCUUGAGAACUACAGGGUUUCCUUGGCUGAGAAGAUCAUCCCAGCUGCUGACCUAAGUGAGCAGAUCUCUCUGGCAGGAACAGAAGCCUCUGGAACUGGAAACAUGAAGUUCAUGUUAAAUGGUGCCCUGACAAUAGGAACCCUGGAUGGUGCUAAUGUGGAAAUGCGUGAGGAGAUGGGAGCGGAGAACAUCUUUAUCUUUGGUAUGACUGUAGAUGAAGUGGAGGCUCUGUGGAAGAGGGGCUACCAGCCCAAAGAUUACUAUGAGAGGAACCAUGAACUGAAGUUGGCCAUAGAUCAGAUAAGUGGAGGCUACUUCUCCCCAGAAAAUGUGAAUCUUUUUAAAGAUGUUGCCAACUCUCUUCUAUACAAUGACAGGUUCUGUCUACUAGCUGAUUAUGAUUCCUACAUAAAAUGUCAGGAGAAAGUUAGUGAAAUGUACCAUAACCAACUAGCAUGGACAAAGAUGGCCAUCUUCAACAUUGCUGGCUCAGGGAAAUUCUCCAGUGAUCGUACAAUAAGUCAAUAUGCUAGAGAAAUCUGGGGUGUUGAACCAACAGAUGUGAAACUCCCAGCACCUCAUGAAGUGCCCGCAACCUCUAUUGAUCAUAAGCAGUCUGCACAGAUGAAGGACUUCUAAGCACAAGUAUUUCAAAUAGAAAAAGCUUUGUACCAAGACAGACUCUUUGUUAUAUGAACAAAUUGGCAAAAAAUCCCAAUUUAGGCCAAUGGGGUACUGUUUUGAUGUUGUUUUGUUGGGUUGUUGUGACCAAUUUGAUACGUUUCAACAUUGAUGUUUGUUCCGGGUGAGCGAGAAUACUAGCUGCACAGUUAUGUAACUGCAUUUCGUAUUUUGUAUUAUUUAGUCUAAAUGAAUUCCAGUCUAGACAAAUUCGGUAGCUAUUGAUUCAUUGCAUCAAAUACUUUACUAAAGAAAUAAUGUUGUUUUUAUUUGCAAAGGAAUUUCAUAUCAACUGUCUUUUUCUGGAGCAAGGUUAAAGUUCUGUAUUGUGGAGUCUUGAUAGUCAUGUGAGGUAUUAAGAUCAAGGUACAAAGCUAUAGUUUUCAUCUGAUACUUGAAACCGUUUUUUCAGUCUGGAUAGAUACAUAUAAAACUUGUGGAUGAAAAUAAGCUGAAUCUUGUGCCUGGAAACUGGCAUUUGUACAUACCAAUUGAUUGCAGAUCAUUUUUUGAAGAUGGAGAAAAAUAUCAGAUGGACAAGAUACAAAGCAGCUAUGCCAAUACCUAUAAAAGAAAGAUAUAGCUAUAAACCUAACUGCCUCUACUUUUUUUAAACUAAGGUCAGAAAUUUAUUAAUUUCACCAAUUUUACUACUUAACAGUUUAGCACUGGCAUGAAAACCGUGUCCAAUUGACUUUUUUAUUUGUUGACUUUAUGUCACUGCAAGAGAUUUUGUUUUGCUUUUGCAGGCCAUAGUUUGCAUGUUACGAGGCUUGUCCUGUGAAGAUUACACACAGUGUUAGGAACCAAUGUUUUCUAUGUUUAGGAAUGUCCUUUUAUGGUAUUAUAUGCCCAACUUAAACUGCCUUGUUAUAAGUAAAAAGGAAGGCUUUCUAGGGAAAUGUUUACCUUCCAAACCUCUUAUUAUAGAUUUAAAGGAAGCUAGCCAGCAUAGUAAUGGCAGACAUGCUGCAUGUGGUCAUAACAAAGUGAUAUCAUCAAAAACACCCUUCUUUUAGAAAUCUGUAAGUAUAAAUGGUGAAUAUAGACAUUUUCAUUACCUUUAUGAAAAUUAUGUCAGGUUGUUUCUUCACGUUUAGCUGUUAAAGGAGAGUUUCCAUACUGUUUGCUUGAAUGGAUGACAGGAAUAAAAUUCCUCUGCAAAACA